GGACGUUACAAGAAGGCGCAACGAGCGUCACUUGCCAUUCUCUACACAAUCAGAGCUUGCGUCAUUGUGGUGUUGCCACGUCUUGACCCACUCGGACUCGAUCCCUCUCUCUCUCUCUCUCUUGGAGCCAAGCGAAAAGUGAAGAUGAAACGCAGCCAUUCCGAAUCGGGGAGUGAUCUUGAGGAGUCGGUUGAUGGAGCCAAGGAUGCCAGUGAAGCUGCAGACACGGCCGGUGCUGACGAUGAGCUGAGCGAGCAUCAGACAUCGAGGAAGAAACGGCGCGGAAUCAUUGAGAAGCGACGCCGAGAUCGCAUCAACAACAGUCUCAACGAGCUGCGCCGCCUCGUGCCAGCGGCCUACGAGAAGCAGGGAUCUGCAAAGCUCGAGAAGGCGGAGAUACUGCAGAUGACCGUCGAACAUCUGAAGAUGCUGCAUCAGGGCAAGCUGGAGGGAAAGGCGGUCCGAUCGGGUGACGCCCAGUUCCCCGAGAGUCAGUGCUUCGACUAUCGAUCGCUCGGAUUCCGCGAGUGUGCUGCAGAAGUGGCGCGCUAUUUGACGUCAGUCGAAGGACUCGACAUGCACGACCCGCUGCGCAUGCGGCUCAUGCAGCAUCUGCAAGCGUAUUUUGCGCAGAGAGAGGCGCUGGCGGCUGCCCAAGUGGCCGCGCAAGCUGUCAUGCAUCCGGGACCUCCGUGGCACCAGGGUCGGUCCCCGCCCAAUUUGCACGUGUCGUCGCCCUAUGGAAUGAGUGCAAUCACGAGAGGCACGCCGGUUCUACCUGGAGUUCCUCCAACGUCUCUGUAUCCCUAUUUGCAGCAGGGAGCAACACCCGUGGGAUCAACUCUCAAAUCCGAGUCGAAUCUAGGAGCUCUGGUAUCAUCAUCAGCGCCAACAGUACGGCCACACAGUUCUGUGCCAUCGACAGUGGGGUCAGCUACUCCACAGUUUAAACUCUCAGACUUGCCCUACGUGCCUGGUUCCUUUCCACCCCAACCGCGGCAGCCGACGCCAUCAGGAGCAGCAGUCGUGAAGUCGCCAUAUUUGGGAUGGGGAGGAGAACUUGUAUUCUGACGUCAUUGACACCAACAACUGGAAGCUUUCUAAGUCGAUUGCUUUCAUGCUCUAGGUUGCCUCCUGCAGUGCAGGAAUCUGUGUACUGUGUUCCAAGCUUGUUAUGACGUAAGCAAACACUUAUUUUAUUACCAAGAGUGUCUACCUACACAAACACUGGGAAGUUAAUCACAGUUACCUCUAAAUUUGUAUUAUAAACAAA